CAAGCCUCUCUUAUAUAGUUUUUAUUCUUGCUCGAUCGGUGGAGUCGUUCGCGGAGCAGCGCUGCGCUAUUGUUGUUAUUACUGCUGUUAAUUGCCAAAGAAAAUACGACAUUUUCGCUGUGUGAUCGCAAAUCUCUCGGUUAUUUUGGGCCCUCUCUAAGUCGAAGUCAGAAGGCCAGAAUCGGAUGUCUAUAUAUUUUUGUUGCAUUUUUUUUUGCUGUGCUGCGCGGUUUAAUGCCAACAUCGGUGUUUGUCAAUUCGAAGCAAGUGCUGUGCCUUGACAAAAUGCAAUUUAAAAGCAUUUAAGAAACGCCAAACGAAGAAUAUAUAAUAAGCGGAAAACACUGAAACGGGUUCGAGUUCGGUAUGGACAAUCACAUGGAUACAGGAUUGGGAGUAGGACAGGACAUGGACACAGACAUGUUAAUGGAUGCCCCAGCGGCCACGCAGUCUAUCUACCCGCAUUCGGCGACAUUAUUCGCGGCAAUUAGUGCCUGUGUCUUUGUGACGAUCGGCGUUCUUGGUAACCUGAUCACCCUGCUGGCGCUGCUCAAGAGCCCCACGAUACGGGAGCACGCCACCACUGCCUUCGUCAUCUCACUGAGCAUCUCCGACCUGCUCUUCUGCUCAUUUAGUCUGCCACUGACGGCGGUGCGAUUCUUCAAGGAGAGCUGGACCUUUGGCACCACGUUGUGCAAGAUCUUUCCGGUGAUCUUCUACGGGAAUGUGGCUGUUUCACUCCUAAGCAUGGUGGGCAUCACCCUGAACAGAUAUAUUCUAAUCGCUUGCCACAGCCGCUACUCGCAAAUAUACAAGCCCAAGUUUAUAACCCUGCAGCUAUUGUUCGUGUGGGCCGUGUCCUUUCUUCUGCUGCUGCCGCCCAUUCUUGGCAUCUGGGGAGAGAUGGGUCUCGACGAGACCACAUUUUCCUGCACGAUACUCAAGAAGGAGGGACGAUCAAUCAAGAAGACGCUGUUCCUGAUCGGCUUCCUGCUGCCCUGCCUGGUAAUCAUCGUUUCGUACUCCUGCAUCUACAUCACGGUGCUGCACCAGAAGAAGAAGAUCCGGAACCACGACAACUUCCAGAUCGGUGCGAAUGGAGCGGGCAAGGGCUCAUCCGCCGGCGGAUCCUACAUGACCACCACGUGCACGCGAAAAGCGCGCGAGGACAACCGCCUGACCGUGAUGAUGGUCACCAUCUUCCUGUGCUUCCUCGUCUGCUUCCUGCCGCUGAUGCUGGCCAAUGUGGUGGACGACGAGCGCAAGACCUCGUACCCCUGGCUGCACAUCAUCGCCUCGGUGAUGGCCUGGGCCUCCAGCGUCAUCAAUCCGAUAAUUUAUGCGGCCAGCAAUCGCAACUACAGAGUGGCCUAUUACAAGAUCUUUGCGAUGCUUAAGUUCUGGGGCGAGCCGCUGUCCCCGAUGCCGAGUAGAAACUAUCACCAAAGCAAGAAUUCCAAGGAACUUUCGGGCGUCAUCCGCAGCACGCCGCUCUUCCACGCUGUGCAGAAGAAUAGUAUUAACCAAAUGUGCCAAACAUAUUCAGUAUGAUCAAGAUCGCAAUCGAGUCGUUGUAUUAGAGCUUGUAAUUCAUAUCAAUAACCUACUUAUUACUUUUUAAUUUAUAAAUUUAUAAAAGAUGUACGGCAGUGCUUACAUCAAAGACAAUCGAAUUAAAUACAUAUACUUAGACCAAUUGAGAA